UCCAAACAAAGCUCUGAGGCCGUCGCCUUUCUCUCUCUCUCUAUAAACCAAAGCAAAAGAAAAGAGAAACAACAACAACAACAACAUAGAACAUUUUUGGUGUUUUCCAACCAUGCAACCCGCGUCGGACAACAUCAGUCCAUCACCGACCUCCAUCCAACCGUCCUCCCCUCGCUUCCUCCCUUCCACCGCCAGCCCCACCGGCCUCGGGUCCCACCGCAAGAUCGCGAUAGCCGUCGAUCUCAGCGACGAGUCCGCCUUCGCCGUCCGCUGGGCCGUCCAGAACUACCUCCGCCCCGGCGAUUCUGUCAUCCUCCUCCACGUGCGCCCCACCAGCGUCCUCUACGGCGCCGAUUGGGGCUCCAUCGAUCACUCCGUACAGGAUCCCUCCUCCGAGGAAUCCCAGCAGAAGCUCGAGGAUGACUUCGAUGCCUUCACCACCACCAAGGCCUCCGAUCUGGCCCAGCCUCUCGUUUCCGCCCACAUCCCCUUCAAGAUCCACAUCGUCAAGGACCACGACAUGAAGGAACGGCUCUGCUUGGAGGUCGAACGUCUGGGUUUGAGCGCCGUGAUCAUGGGCAGCCGGGGGUUCGGCGCGUCAAAGCGGACGAGUAAAGGGAGGCUCGGGAGCGUGAGUGAUUACUGCGUGCAUCAUUGUGUUUGCCCGGUGGUGGUGGUAAGGUAUCCUGACGAGAAGGAUGGGGGGAGCGAGACCGCUGAUGUGCCGGCCGAGGUGUCGGUGGGGAAGGGGGCAGAUAAGGAGGCAGAGUUGGGGCCGCUGCCAGAGGAGGAACCGGAGUAUCAUGAUGCCUCUGAUGAACAGAAAGAUGCUUGAAGUAUUUAGGUCAUGGCAUGGCCCUCUUGAAUCCAGGUGACUUGGAACUGAAGAAGAUAUAGAGUGAGUCAUGGUGUAAGGGAGCUGCUGAGGCAAUGUGAGGCUGUUUUGCAGGGAGGAUUCAUGCCAUGUUAAUGGAAUGGUAGUCAUCUUGUUUGCUACUCUUCUGGUUGCUUGUCAACUGCUUCACAUAAGAACUGGAUGUUUGAUGAUGGUGAUGCUAUUAUUGUAUCUUUUGAGUUUCGUGGAUUCUUGUAGGUCAGCUUGUGAAAUAUCCUACUGUUAAAACAACCUACUGUUUGCAAGAUACCCUUCUGGUUGUCACGCUUGCAGCUGGUUUUCAUAAA